AUGCAGUACGUGGGGAGAGCCUUUGAUUCGGUUUCGAAGACGUGGUCUUCAAUCAAUCCUGCAACAUUAUCAGGAGCUAUCGAUGUUAUUGUGGUUGAGCACCCAGAUGGAGAAUUGGCGUGUUCUCCAUUUCACGUUAGAUUUGGGAAGUUCCAGAUACUAAAACCCUCUCAAAAGAAGGUUGAAGUGAUUGUAAAUGGCCAUCUAACUGAUAUUCCGAUGAAGUUGGGGGAUUCUGGAGAAGCAUACUUUGUUUUCGAGACUUUGGCAGAAUUAGAUGAUAUUCCUGAAGAAUUAAUUUCUUCACCUGUAGCGAGCGCUGCUAGUAGUCCGGAGACUAAGCCCCAUACCAAAGAUUCCUUAGAAGAACCGGAUUUCUUGGAUAUCAAUGAAGCUAAGAUAGAAAGGCCAGCAACUCCGACCCGAAUUCAAAGAAUUACCAAGAGGUUGACUCAAAGAGAGAUUCCAUCGACAGUGGACAAUAACGGCGAUCUAUUAUUGGAUAUAGAAGGUUAUAAGACUAGUAAGAACAAAGUAAAUGAUACGAAUGAGCUGUUAAAACAACUUUUGCAUGAUGAAUUGGGGGAGGACAUUGAUUUAUCGGAGUACGUAAGAGAGGAUGAGAAGGGAAACAUUAGAAUAGUGAAUCCAGAAGAUAGUCAUUGGGCCAAUUCACCACCUAACUCGCCUCCAAUGACAUCUUCGGACUCUUUGUAUUCUGAACAGCAGUCUAUAGUAGGAGAUUCCUCUUCACACGAAAGUACCCCUUCCGUCAGCACAGACACAACAAAAAGCGCAACAUCAACUAGAGAAGACAAUUCUGCGCGCUACAUUAAGACCAUCAGACUAACGUCAAAACAGCUAAAAUGUUUGGACUUAUCAGAGGGAGAAAAUGACCUAGUUUUUUCCGUAGAUAAAGGUCGCGCCCUAGUUUCUGCCAAACUCUUUUAUUGGAAGUGGGAUGACCCUAUCGUGAUUUCAGACAUAGACGGAACUAUAACCAAAUCCGAUGCAUUGGGUCAUGUCAUGACCAUGAUUGGAAAGGACUGGACACACCCUGGCGUUGCUAAACUCUUCACGGAAAUUAGAGGAAAUGGUUAUAACAUAAUGUAUUUAACUGCAAGAACAGCAGGUCAGUCGGACUCUACAAGAUCUUAUUUGAGGAGUAUAGUGCAGGAUGGUUGUACAUUACCUAUUGGGCCUGUUAUCUUAUCUCCGGAUAGAACUAUUGCAGCUCUAAGAAGAGAGGUCAUUCUAAAGAAACCUGAGGUCUUUAAGAUUGCGUGUCUAAAAGAUAUGAAAGCAUUGUACUUCCCCGAUUCCAACGAUCAUGGUGAUGAUUCUGAUGAAAUUCCUACUCCCUUUAUCGCAGGAUUUGGAAAUCGUAUUACUGAUGCAUUGUCAUAUAGGGCUGUUGGGAUCCCUAGUUCCCGAAUUUUUACCAUUAAUCCAGACGGUGAAGUUCAUAUGGAAUUAUUGGAAUUGGCGGGUUAUAAGAGUUCGUACAUCCAUAUUAAUGAACUAGUCGACCAUUUCUUUCCGCCGGUUAAAAAACAUCCAAUGUUGGUUGUUGAUGAUGCUAGAAGCAUGUCAACAACUCCUGGAUCCCCAUAUGGUACUCACGGUGUGAUGACAGAUGAAAAAUCAUUUUAUCGUGCAAAUGAUGACAAGUAUUCAGAUGUUAAUUUCUGGAGAGAACCCAUUCCAGAUCUAGAUGAUCUUUCGGACCUCGAUGAAGAAGAAACUGAGAAGCAAGAAACUGAGAAGCAAAAGCCUACUCCAUGGAAAGCACCAAUCAAUGAAACUAUAAGAAAAGCCAAUAAAAGUGUCGCAUUAAGUUCUAUAUCAAACAACAAGAAGACAAUAAAGCAAGUUGAGAAUUAUAAUAAGAGUAACGAGGAUGAUGAUGAUGAUAAGAAUGAUAAUGUAAAGAAUAAAAAUGAACACAUAAAUAAUCACGAAAUUUCCGCUACCGAGUCGACAUCACGUAGAACAAGUGAUGUUAACAAUAUUGGUCAAAGAAUGUACCUGGAUCUGGGUUCGCCACUAUCAUCACCAAUAAUCAGAAACCAGGAUUCGGAUCUGGAUCUGAACUUGUCCAAAAUUCAAGAUGAUACCCCAGCGGCCGAAUAUAAUGAAUCGAGUCCUACACCAAAAAACAAAGCAAAGUCAAUGCAUCGUCAUUCCUCUAGUGAAAAGAGCAUUUUGACGCUUGAUCAUUUUUCCAAGCAUACACCAUCUACGUUGGAAAUGCAGCCAGUGAAUGUCUACAAUGAUGGCGCUGGUCCCGUUAUGGAUAGAUUACAGCUAGAUACUAUACGCAAAGCUGGAUCUCGACGUUCAUCGGAGGUAGUCGAUCCUCUAAUGGCUCAAGAAGAGCAACCAUUACACGCAGGUUCAAUCGCAGAUUCAGACACACCACGUGCAUUUUCAGACAAUGACUCCUCCCAAACGGAGAUCGAGUCAGAAAAUAAUUCAGAUGAUGAAUAUGAAGAUGAGUUCGAUGAAGAUGAGGACGAAUUCUAA